GUCUCCGCCCUCCAAGCCCGUCGCCGAUGCGGCCGACUCGUCCUCGCGCGCCUCGUCGCAGGACAUGAGCCCCUCGCACUCGUCCGACGCGUCGAGCUCGACCGGCGGCACCAGCGUCGCCGACCCGCUGCGCGACCAGAUCGUCGCCGGCCUGCGCGGCCGCAAGGAGCCUGUCGUUCCCGGCGAGACGGACGCCGACCGCAGCUUCUCGUACCGCCACACGAUCCCGACCAUGACCCUGUACAGCCAGCGCGGCCUCGAAAUCUACGAGGACAUCACCAACACCAAGGCCUACUACCCGUUCGAGGCCGAGAAGGAGAUCCUCGAGAAGUACGGCGACGAGAUCGCGUGCCGCAUGUUCGGCCUUCCGUCGAGCCUCCUCGUCCGCAACGACCACGGCGACGACAAGCGCUUCCACGAGCCGAGCACGGCGGGCAACACGGGCGCCGACAAGGAGAAAUGGGGCGAUUCCAAGGUCGGCACGUUCAACUUUGGCGUCAACGGCGCCGUCGCGACCGCCUCAUCGCCGUCGGCCAAGUACGGCCUCGCCGUCGAGCUCGGCUCGGGCUCGCUCGACAAGACGCGCCACCUCCUGCGCUCGAUGGCCAAGCUGCUUCAGUCGCAGGGCAACACCAAGAGCGCGCCGAUGGAGGCCAUCGACUACAAGGCGCUCGACCUCGAGGCGGCGUCGCUGCACUCGACCCUGUCGUCCCUCGCCUCGGUCGAGGGCGACUGCGUCACGACCUCGCUCCAGGACCAGGGCACCCAGUCGCGCCGCCGUGUGUCGGUCUCGGGCCUGCACGCGACGUACGACGAGGGCCUCGCGUUCCUCAAGGCGCAGCAGGCCAAUCUGUCGCCGUCGUCUCGCGCUCAAGCCCUGCCCGAGUCGCCGUUCACGAGCCCGAUCCUGAGCCCGUCGGCGCUCCCCUCGGUCGACGAGGACAGCGUGUCGGCUGGCGGCGACGAGCAGCGCACGACGUCCAUCAUGUGGCUCGGCUCGUCGUGCGGCAACUACACGCGCGACGAGGCCGUCGACUUCCUGCGCAACAUCGACCUGCGCGAGGGCGACACGAUGCUCAUCGGCAUCGACGGCUGCGCCGACGGCCCCAAGAUCGAGACGGCCUACAACGACCCCGAGGGCGUCACCGCCGCGUUCAUCCUCGAGGGCGUCGACGUCGCAGGUCGUUCGCUCGGCGGCGAGGCGGCCACGGUCCUCAAGCAGAGCAACUUCGAAUACGUCAACCGCUGGAACGCUCAGCUCGGCAGGCACGAGGCCUAUGUGCGCGCCAAGACCGACUUGACGAUCCCGAUCGACGGCGAGGAGGCCCACCUCGAGGAGGGCGAGCUUCUCGCGAUUGAGGUCUCGUACAAGUACCUGUUCUCGGAGGCGGUCGCCCUGUUCCACCUCGCCGGCUUCCGCCUCGUCCAGCACUGGACCGACUCGUCGCGCUCGCACUACCUGUACCUCGUCGAGAAGCCGCGCAUGUGGUUCCCGGCCACCAAGGCGAGCUCGGCGCAGAUGCUCGGCAUCGAGCUCGACGAGGCCGAGCGCGGCAACGACUACGGCGUGCCGAGCUUGAGCGAGUGGGAAAACAUGUGGAAGGCGUGGGACGGGCUCAUGCUCGACAUCCUCUCGCCCAAGCUCCACUUCACCAAGCCGAUCCCGCUCCGCCACGUCCCGCUCUUCUACCUCGGCCACAUCCCCGCCUUCCGCGACAUCCACCUCUCGCGUUACCUCGGCGAGCCUCUCACCGAGCCGGCCCACUUUGCCGACAUCUUCGAGCGCGGUAUCGACCCGAACGUCGACACGGCCAAGUGCGAGCACUGGCACAGCGAGGUGCCCGACGACCAGGACGGUUGGCCGAGCGUGCAGGACAUCUCGGCCUACGACGAGCGCACGCGCGAGCGCGUCAAGAAGGUGUACGCCGACAACGACGGCCGGUGGACGAGGAGGCUCGGCCGGGUCCUCCAGAUGGCGUUCGAGCACGAGGCGAUGCACUGGGAGACGGCGAUCUACAUCUGCCUGCAGGCGUGCACGGACCUCAACGUCCCUCGCGGCCUUUCCAUCCCCGACUUCCCUUCCCUCGCCCGCUCGACGUCACGCCUCAUCGAGUCGCAAGGCGUCGACGCUCGCAAGACGGUUCUGUCGUUCGGCGCCCAGUCGAUCACGGUCGGCCACGACGACUCGGACGUGCUCGACGACGAGGCGGCGUUCGACCCGGCGCACGAGUACGGCUGGGACGUCGAGCACCCGAAGCGCGAGCUGAGCGUCGGCGCGUUCAAGAUCGACGCCCUGCCCGUCACGAACGGCGAGUACCUCGACUGGCUCAAGAAGGAGGGCAAGGAGGGCGACGAGACGCUCGUCCCGGCGAGCUGGGCGGGCGACAAGGGCGCUCGGGCCGUCAAGACGCUGUACGGCGAGGUCGCGAUGGAGCACGCUCGCGAGUGGCCCCUCGCUGCGAGCGGGCGACAGCUCGGCGAGUUUGCCAAGGCCAAAGGCGGUCGUCUCCCGACGUUCGAGGAGCAGUCGCUCUUCAACCAGCAGCACCCGGUCUCGCAGCCGCUCGCCAACGUCGGUUUCGCCAACCUGCACCCGGUCCCGCCGACGCUGCCGCUCGAGGCUCGCGACGGCUCGCAGAUCCCGGCGACCGACGGCGGCUUGUGGAUGUGGACCUCUUCGGUCCUCGAGCCGUGGCAGGGCUACAAGGAGUCGGUCCUGUACCCGGGUUACUCGUCCGACUUCUUCGACGGCAAGCACCUCAUCGUCCUCGGCUCGUCGUACGCGAGCCCAAGGCGCCUCGCUCGCCCGUCGAUGCUCAACUGGUACCAGGCCAACUACCCUUUCAUGCUCGGCGGAGCUCGCGUCGCCUACGACGUCCAGGCGUGAGCGAGGAGGAGGGACUUAGGCGACGGACAUUCGCGAGCAGUUCUCGACGGCCGCGAGGGCCACAACGAUACAAAAAAUGCAGUGCACCUUCUUGUUCAUAUCGAAA